AUGAGUAGUGGUGAUUCUAAUUUAAGUGCUGAUGAAAUUGCGCUAUAUGAUAGACAAAUUAGAUUAUGGGGCAUGGCAGCUCAAGCAAGAAUGCGUUCUGCUAAGGUGCUAUUGAUCAAUUUAGGUUCAAUUGGUACUGAAAUAACUAAGAAUAUUGUAUUGAGUGGUAUAGGUAACUUGACUUUGUUGGAUGAUCAUACUGUUACUGAAGAAGAUUUGGGAUCCCAAUUUUUCUUGAGCAAAGAAAAUGUUGGCUAUAAAAGAUUGGAAGUCACUAAGGAUAGGAUUCAGGAAUUAAAUCCUAGAGUAAAUUUGACCUAUGAUGUUGGCAAGUUCAAGGAAAAGGAUGCCGAGUACUUCAAGCAGUUCGAUCUUAUCAUAGGAACCGAAUUGUCAACUCUCGAAACGAUAGAAUUGAAUAAAAUCACUAGAAGGUUCAACAUCCCAUUGUAUAUUGCUGGCUCUAAUGGGUUAUUUGCAUAUAUCUUUGUAGAUUUGGUCCAAUUCGAUGCUGUAGAUGAAAAAUUAAAGAGCAGUGUUCCUGUAGAGAUAGGGAGAAUUUCUUCAAAUAAAGAAGUCAUUGAGGUGAAUGUCAGAAUUGAUGAAGAUGAUUCAAAAAAAAUAUAUGAAAAAGUUACUACUAGACAUCAUUAUAAGACAUUCGAAGAUGUAUUACAAGCGGCUUCUUUGAAAGAUAAGUUAAAUCGUAGACAAUUGAAAAGACUUUCAGGUGCUGUUCCUUUAACUUUUGCCAAGUUCAAUUUACAAAAUAAUCAAGCUUGUCCUACAAGUGAAGAAUUGCGUAAAAGCAUGCAAGCAAUUUCUAAUAAAUUCGGUGUCCCAGUUGAAAAUAUUAAAGAUGAAUAUUUUGAACAAUUUGCAAAUCAAUCAGGUAUUGAGUUUGCACCAGUAUCUGCUGUUAUUGGUGGUGCAGUAGCUCAAGAUGUAAUUAACGUGUUCGGCAAAAGACAAUCUCCUAUCUGUAAUUUUAUUAUUUUUGAUGGUAUUACUUUGGAUAUGCCCAUCUAUGAGUUCUAA